AUGAGUCAAAAUUAUCAUCGUAAACAAGGCCAAAGUGGUCGAAGAAAAUCUACAACAUUCCCUGUAAUUAUUGUUGAACAAGAAGAAUUGGAUAAUGGUCGUCGUUUAAGUGUUUGUCCUAAUUAUCAACGUCGUUUAUCAAAUGUAUCUCAAUUAUAUUUACCAAAUGGAAGUGAAUAUCAUCCACAAGAACGUAUUCCACCAUCAGGUUUAGAACAUCAAACAACAUUUCUAUUAACAAGAGAUGAAAAUGAUAAUAAUGAAAAUAAUGAAAAUAAUGAAAAUGAAAGAAGAUUAUCAAUUAUAGAUAGAUAUCAUUCAACUGAUCAUCAAUUAACUAUUGAUCAAUAUAAAGAAAAUAAAUAUAAAAAAAGAAUUUUAUUUAUUAUUGAACCAAUUCUAACUGCUUUUUUAUUAUUUCCAAUAUUAGUUUUGUUUUGGGAAACUGGUUGGAAUUUAAUUUUAAUUUUUUUAAAUGUUUUAAAUAAAUUUUCACCAAAUUUACAUUUAAGUGAAAUAACACAAGAAGACUUCGAAUCUUAUACAUGGGAAUCAUUAGUAUAUCCUUAUUUAGUUGUACAAAUUCUACUUUUAUGUUUUUAUAUUUUUCAAGAUUUAAUAUAUAAUUAUUGCAAAAAACAAAAAUGGAUUAUAAAAACAAUUUUAUUAAAAUUUCAUAUAUUCAUUAUAGGAACAAUUUAUAUUGUUCAAUGGGAAAUGAUAUGGACAAUAUGGGAUCAAUUUACACCACAUGAAUGGUAUUUUGAAUUUACACUAUCAUUAUUAUCAUUAUUUGCAUUAAUUGUUUUUAUUGGACAUUUAUCGGAUUUAAUUUGUUCACCUUUUCUUGUUAGUUAUGAUUCAAUUGAAUAUUGUAUUCAAUUUGGUUGUCCUUUACUUACAAG